UGCGCUUAUUGAAAUGUUUGGUUUCCUUUUCGAAUAUAUCGGGUGUCGAUAACAUUAUUUUCCACUUCCGGUCAAGCUCACCAUUUUAAAUGCAGUCUUGCAUGUUUUUACUAAAUGUCAAAUUGCCUUUUUAACAGUUUAUCGCAACCUGAUAUUUAUAAUCAAUAUGACGACACUAUUGGCAAUUUUCAAAUAAAUCGAGUUAUCUGGGCGGAUCCACAAAACAUAAGUAUAUCGCCACAACUAACUAAACGGAUUUCAAUAUUUUUAAAAAACGUACAACAUUAACUUCAGCGUUGAUAUCAGUGGUCAUUCUUUUGUUCAUUAUCUCAUUUUCUAUAGGCUUCAGGGAUGAAAUAUCGUGCCAGAUGCCUAUGGGCGAUAAAUGCGUCGGAAUUCGGGAAUGUCCAUUUUUUUCCGAAUUGCUAGACAGAACUCCGAUCCCGCGGCCUAGGAGCGUCGCGAAAAUUUUGCGAGACCACCAGUGUGGAUUUGAAUAUAAGAAUAAUAAGAUUAAACCAAAAGUUUGUUGUGUCACAAACACUGCUCCUGCUCCGCCAACCACUGAAUCAUCUCCUCAGCUGGCGGAGAAAAUUCCUCUAGCAUUCGCUAGAUUUAGAAGUCACAAGAAUUUUCACCUCUUACCAUUAAAUGUAUGCGGUUCCAUUGCAACGAAUUCCAGGAUUACCUCUGUAAAGCAAACAGGAUUGGAAGAAUUUCCAUGGAUGGCCCUUAUAGCAUACAACACAGCCAAUAUUAAACCGAUAUGUCUACCGGUGAGCGAAAUUAAUGACGAUCUAACGGGAAAAUCGGCUAUCGUCUCCGGAAGGGGUGCUACGGAAAAAGGUUACAAAAGCCCAAUACUUCUCAAAGUAUCAGUACCCGUGUUGCCACUGUCUGUUUGCCUUAAAGUGUACCAACAGUUUGCUCCAAUUACGGAUCAGCAAAUAUGUGCCGGUGGAUACAAUGGUAGAGACUCAUGUGGAGGAGACAGCGGUGGACCGAUGAAGUAUGUCGGACUUGUUGACGGCUCGCCUAGAUACAUACAGUACGGAAUUGUAUCAUUUGGCCCGAGACAAUGCGGUGCCGAUGGGCAACCGGGUAUUUACACCAGGAUUGGGAGUUAUAUCCAAUGGAUUUUGGAUAACAUGGAAGAAUGA